AUGUCAAAGACGCCGGCGGCCCAGGCAAGGGCGUCCGCGGGCGGCUCAGGGCGUUCGGAGACACCUCCACGCCUUCGAGCACCGUCCCAGGAUCGGGGACGAACUCGCCGCCGCGGCGACGUGCCAACGCAGACGAUGGUGCAGCCGGCGCCCUCUUCGGGCGCGCUCCCGAUGCUGACGCGCACCAACUACGCCGAGUGGGCUCUGCUCAUGAAGGUCUACCUUCAGGCCCAUGGCUGGUGGGGGGCGGUCUCCCAUGGCGACGUCACCUACCACAACGAGCGCAACGCGAUGAUCACCAUCUUGCGCGGCCUCCCUUCGGAUGUGCUGCUCGCGGUGGGCGAGAAGGAAACCGCCAAGGAGGCCUGGGACGCCAUCGCCCUGCAGCGCCUCGGAGCCACGCGCGUGCGCGAGGCCAACGCGCAGAAACUCCGGCGUGAUUUCGAGGGCAUCACCUUCCGCGACGGGGAGACGAUCGACGAUUUCUCGCUCCGCUUGUCAGGGAUCGUCGCCGGCCUGCGCGCUCUUGGCGACAUCGUGGAAGAAUCAAAGGUAGUGGCCAAGUUCUUACGUGUGGUUCCACCCCAGUUCGCGCAGGUGGCGAUCGCGAUCGAGACGCUGCUGGACAUCAGCACGCUCUCUCUGGACGAGGUCACCGGCAGACUGCGCGUCGUGCAGGACCGCCUCGACGACGCACAAGGCGCCAACAGCAGCCAAGGUGGGCGGCUGCUUCUCACCCGGGAGGAGUGGCAGGCCAGCGAACUGCAACCGCGUGCCUCGGGCGGCAACAACAACCGCCGCAAGGGCGGUGGCCGUGGCCGAGGAAGGGGCCGCGGUGGCGGACGUGGCGCCGGGCGCGGCACGGACUACCCCGACAAGAGCGGCGGGGACAAGGAGAAGUGCCGAUACUGCGGCAUCAAGGGCCACUGGGCCCGCGAAUGCAGGAGGAAGAAGAGGGAGGAGGAGGCCCUUCUCGCCCAGGCCGAUGAGGAGGCCGAUCCUCAGAUGUUGUUCGCCGAGGUAGUCGAGCUCGCGCACCCGAUCCAGACGGAGUCACCGGUCGAUGUUCGUCGCGAUCCACCCCGGGUCGUUGUCUUCCUCAAUGAGGAGCAGUCCAGCGUCGCCCCAGCCGCAGGGGACGCCGCCCCGGACCCGGUGUGGUACCUGGACUCUGGCGCGUCCAACCACAUGACCGGCGACCGCACGGCGUUCGCCGAGCUCGACAACGCGAUCACCGGAUCUGUACGUUUCGGGGACGGCUCGGUGGUCCAGAUCGAAGGGCGCGGCACCGUCGCAUUCGGCACCAAGAGGGGAGCGCAACGCGCCCUGACGGACGUGUACUACAUCCCCAGGCUCAAGAGCAGCGUGGUGAGCCUUGGACAACUCGACGAGAACGGCUGCGACAUCAACGUCCACCACGGCAUCCUCUCCGUCCACGACCGACGCGGAAACCUAAUUAUCAAGGUAAAGCGAUCUUCAAAUCGCCUGUACAAACUGCAUAUUCACCCCGUGCGCCCGGUCUGUCUCGGUGCGCGCACGGACAACGUGUCAUGGCGCUGGCACGCCCGUUUCGGUCACCUGCACAUCGACGCUCUGCAGAGGAUGGCGCGGGGAGGAAUGGUGCGAGGGCUGCCAGGCAUUGAGCACUCCGGAGAGCUCUGCCAGGCGUGCCUUGCCGGCAAGCAACGCCGGGCGCCGUUCCCCCAGACGGCCAAGUACAGAGCGGAGGCGUCGCUCGACCUCAUCCACGCGGACCUCUGCGGAGCGAUCACACCAGCGACACCAGGAGGACGGCGCUACUUCCUUCUCCUCGUGGACGACCACAACCGCUACAUGUGGCUCAACCUGCUGACGAGCAAGGACGAAGCCGCGACAACAAUCAAGGAAUUCCAGGCGCGUGUGGAGAUAGAGGCACGGCGUAGGCUGGGCACACUGCGGACGGACCGCAGAGGAGAGUUCACGUCCACGGCGCUGGCGAAGCACUUCGCGUCCAUCGGAGUCCAGCGCCACCUGACCGCGCCUUACUCCCCGCAGCAGAACGGGGUGGUCGAAAGGCGCAACCAGACGGUGGUGGGCAUGGCAAGGAGCAUGAUGAAGGCCAAGGGCAUGCCGGACUACUUCUGGGGAGAGGCGGUAACCACGGCCGUCUAUCUCCUGAACCGGGCGUUCACGCGCAGCGUGGACGGGGCGACGCCGUACGAGGCCUGGCAUGGCAGGAAGCCAGAGGUGAGCCACUUGCGAGUCUUCGGGUGCGUGGCGCAUGUCAAGAGCGCGCGCCCCCUCCUCAAGAAGCUGGACGAUCGGAGUACUCCCAUGGUGCACAUCGGGUAUGAGCCUGGUUCCAAGGCAUACAGGGUGUACGACCCGGCGACGCACAGGGUGCACGUGUCCCGCGACGUUGUGUUUGACGAGAGCGCGAGCUGGGACUGGAGCAACGAGACGGCGGGCGCAGGCGGCUCCUUCGUCGUCGACUUCUCGGCAUACGGUGGACCUCUUGAAGAUGUGGUCACCCCGGCAAGAAUCUCUGCUCCGCCGUCACCCGAACCUGCCACCGGGGCGGCUGGAGAGAACACGCCUGCAUCGCCACACUCCGGUCCCGAUGUCGGGGCACCGCUUUCGCCAGCAGCAGGUGGCGCGUCAGCUGCCACCCCUGUCUGGCAUGAUGUGCAGUUCGCAACCCCGCCACCUCAUGACGCGGACAUGUUCGACGACGCAGACGAUCCCGACGCCGUGCACCGCUUUCGCCGCCUGGAUGAUGUGGUCAAUCUUGCCGCGGCGCAAGGCGGAAGGACAGAGCACCUCCUUCUACUACCCGAGGGAGAGCCGGCGACGUUCGCAGAAGCGGAGCCCCAUGCGGCGUGGCGGGCAGCGAUGACUGAAGAAAUGGCGUGCAUUGAGUCUAACGAGACCUGGUCUCUCUGCGAUCUGCCUGCAGGUCACCGACCCAUCGGCCUGAAGUGGGUUUUUAAGGAGAAAAGGAACGCCGCCGGCGAGGUGAUCAAACACAAGGCCCGUCUGGUAGCAAAGGGGUUUGUGCAGCGCGCCGGGAUCGACUUUGAAGAAAUCUUCGCCCCGGUGGCCCGUCUCGACUCUAUGCGUGUGUUGCUCGCCGCAGCCGCACAGGAAGGAUGGGAGGUGCACCAUCUGGAUGUCAAAUCGGCCUUCCUCAACGGUGAACUUGAGGAGGAGGUGUACGUGGUGCAGCCUCCCGGAUUCGAGCACGCCGGCGCGAGGAGCAAGGUGCUCCGACUGCACAAAGCGCUCUAUGGGCUGCGUCAGGCACCGAGGGCAUGGUACGCGAAGCUCGACAGCAGCCUCAAUGCUCUAGGCUUCGAGAGAUGCCCAUCCGAACAUGCAGUGUACACGCGGGCUGGUCAUGGUGGCCGGCUCCUGGUGGGCGUGUAUGUAGACGAUCUGAUUGUCACCGGAGCAUCCACGACAGCGAUCGCUGAGUUCAAGAAGGAGAUGAUGGCGCUCUUCAAAAUGAGCGAUCUGGGGCUACUGAGCUACUACCUCGGCAUCGAGGUAGACCAGAGGCCGGGCCAGAUCAUCAUCGCACAAUCCGCGUACGCCGGCAAGCUACUGGAGAAGGCCGGCAUGGCCGACUGUCACCCCGUGGCCACGCCGAUGCAGCAGCGCCUUAAGCUCAGGCGGGAGGGGGCCGGUGAGCCUGUGGACGCCACCUACUACAGGAGCGUGGUGGGGAGCCUCCGCUACCUCACCCACACGCGCCCGGACAUAACCUACGCCGUCGGGUAUGUCAGCAGAUUCAUGGAAGCUCCGACGAGCGAACAUUGGGCUGCUGUGAAGCAGCUCCUCAGGUACAUCGCCGGCACACGCCAGCUGGGAUGUCGCUAUGCACGGCAGGAGCACGGCGCAGAGCUCGUCGGCUACAGCGACUCGGACCUCGGGGGAGACUUGGACGACCGCAAGAGCACCAGCGGCACCAUCUUCUUCCUCGGUGGCAGCCCGGUAUCAUGGCAGUCAGCCAAGCAGAAGAUCGUCGCACUUUCUUCGUGCGAAGCAGAGUACGUCGCCGCGGCUGGUGCUGCCUGUCAGGGCAUCUGGCUCAGACGGCUGAUCGGGGAACUGCUUGGGCGUGACGACGGCGCCACCAGGCUCUGCAUCGACAACAAGUCAGCCAUCGCACUGAGCAAGAACCUUGUCUUCCAUGACAGGAGCAAGCACAUUGAGCUCCGCUACCACUUCAUUCGUCAGUGUGUUGAGGACGGCAGCAUCGACGUUCAGUAUGUCAGGACUGGCGAUCAACUUGCAGACUUUCUCACGAAGGCGCUCGGGCGAACUCAGUUCCAGGAGAUGCGUGAUCGUGUGGGGAUCGUCAAGUACAAGCCAACCUAG